AUGCCUUUGGUGAGGUACAUCAUAAACUUAUACGAACUAUCUUGACAGCUUAUCACAUUCCUGAAGAAAUUAUAUGCUUUGUUGAGAAUCUCUACUCUGAUUUCAGUAUCUCAAUUAUUACGAAAGGAUUCAUUACGAAACCAAUUCCAGUGCAACGAGGCGUGUUACAAGGUGAUUGUUUAUCACCCUUGUUAUUUAAUCUUUGUGUAAAUUCUUUGAUUCACACAAUAAACGACGCGAAAUUAAAAUGUCUUGGCUAUGUAAAUAACGCAACGAUGUACCCUAGGCACUGGUUCCAAUUUGCGGAUGACACAGCAAUAUUAAGUGCACAUGAAGAGGACAAUCAAUUGCUUUGUAAUGUAUUUAAUAAAUGGUCAACGUGGGCGGAUUUGCAUAUUCGUGUUGAGAAAUGCCAUACUUUUGGAAUCAAGAAGCAAUCCUCAAAAGCAAUUCAAUACCAACCAGUUAUUAUCAUCUCGGGCAAGCGUGUACCGCCGAUUGAAUGCGAACAGGGGUUUAACUAUCUUGGAAAGCAAUUUAACUUUAAUAUGGAAUGCGAUCAGAUCAAA